AUGUAUAUACAUAUGGCCAACACUGACGCACAAUCCGACCUCACUCGCAUUCGACGCGACCGUGCCAACCUUUCCACUGAAUUCGACACCAUCCGCAAUGUAUCUGCCAAACAAUCUGAUUCCAUUGCUGAUCUCAACGUCGACAUUGCACGCCUUCGUCAAGAGUGCCACACCAUCCUCACUGAACGUAUCACCGCCAAUACCGCCCGCGAUUUAACUCAAUCUGACUACGACCAACACACCAUCAAACAUAACUCUCUAGUUAAUGACCUUGAGCGCAUCCGUAACGAACGUAGCACACUCAUCACUGAACGCGACCAGCUCGCCACUGAACUUGAUCACAUUCGCUCCGAACGCGCUACCCUCAUCACUGAACGUAAUCAGGCGCAAUCUAGUUACACCGACAUCACCAUUGAACGUGAUAAUAUUCAUCGCAAUCUUACACGUAUGCAAGACAUCAAUAUCACAACAACCACCGAACACACCACAUUGCAAAACGACCUCGCCCACAUCCGUCGUGAACGUGACACAUACUUUGAAGAACGUGAAGAGGCCCGCUUUGUACUCAUUCAAGCACAGGAACACUCCACUACAUCCCCGACACUCACCUUGAAGCUACCCACGCCGCUCUCCGUAAGACUCACGCCCUUGCUGAAGCCGACAUCAAUCGCUUGCGCAAUGACCGCGACACACACCGCGCUCACCUCACCCAACAACAACACGAACAUGCACAACUUCUACAAGAGGCCCUCACCGAAAACGAGGACCUCACCACUGCCGCCACACAGCUCCAUGACGAACUCACUACCCUUCAGGCAGAACUCGCUGCCUCUGAUUCCCACAGCCUCUGUUAACAGCUAGAGGUAGCCCAAAGCAAG